GAGAAGACCAUGCCGAAUGUGUGGGACAAUCCCUAUCCCGAGUGGUCUCUGGAGACAGGAGGAUCCAUGUACUUCAUCCCCAAUGCAGAGCGUUAUGCCUGGUGUCCCUCGUUGCCACCACCACCGCCUCCGUCAGAACUUGGCCGACGACGCUUGC